GUGGACCGCAGCCAUGGCUGAGAGGAAGCCGAACGGUGGGGGCGGCGCCGCCUCCGCCUCGUCGGGCACCAAUUUACUCUUCUCGUCCGAGGCCACGGAGUUCAGCUUCAACGUGCCCUUCAUCCCGGUCACCCAAGCCGCCGCCGCCUCGGCCUCCCUGCUCCUGCCUGGAGAGGAUUCCACAGAUGUUGGUGAGGAGGACAGCUUUCUUGGUCAGACUUCUGCUCAAGUGUCUGCUCCACAGACAUUUAGUUACUUCUCUCAGGUAACAAGCAAUAGUGACCCGUUUGGGAAUAUUGAACAGUCACCUUCAACAACUGCAGCAGCAUCCGCUGCGCAAGCAGCAUCCUCCAAGCUCCCCGCUGCUCUCCCCUUUACAACCGGAUCCCAAGAUGUGUUGAAUACAUUUCCAUCAUCCAUUUCAAAGGCUCAGUAUGGUGCUCCAGCUUCUUCACAGAUGGGAACAAAUACUUAUUUGCCUUUUCAACCAAGUAGUCUGCCUCCUUCAAAUUUUGGGAGCCCACCCCAAGGACUGUCCCAACAAGGAUACAAUCCCUAUCGCCACACUCCUGUAACCAGCAGAGCUAACCCUUACAUUACACCACCACAGCUGCAGCAGUGCCAAACGUCAGGCCAUCCCACCCAUCCUCCACCUUCUGGAGCCCCUGUUCACAUGUACCAGACACCUCCGGGAUCUUUGCCACCGAUCCCUCCUUCACUGCAGUCAGGGUUGUGCCCUCCAGUCCAGCAGCAGGCACUCCCCAGGCCCGUGGGCCCCUCUGUACAGGCGCCACCUCCUUUCACACUUCAGAGCCAGUAUGAGCCUGUCCAGCCCCACUGGUUUCACUGCAGGGAGGUAGAGUGCAGACAGCUCUGGGUGCCGUUCAGUGUGCUGGACUCCUUGAAUCUAGAAGAAGUCUACAAUUCAGUCCAGCCAGACCCUGAGAGUGUGGUUCUAGGCACGGAUGGAGGGCGCUAUGAUGUUUACCUGUGUGACUGAAUAAGGAAAGCUGGGUACUGGGAGGAGGAGCCAGCUGAAGUGAGAAGCUGUACUUGGUUUUACAAAGGAGACACAGAUAGCAGAUUUAUUCCCUAUACAGAGGAAUUCAGUGAAAAACUAGAGGCUGAGUAUAAAAAAGCUGUAACCACGAAUCAGUGGCACCGCAGAUUAGAGUUUCCAAGUGGAGAGACCAUUGUUAUGCACAAUCCAAAGGUUAUUGUUCAGUUCCAGCCUUCAUCAGUGCCAGAUGAGUGGGGGACCACUCAAGAUGGACAGACCAGACCCAGGGUUGUAAAGCGUGGAGUUGACAAUAACCUUGAUGAAAUUCCUGAUGGGGAAAUGCCUCAGGUGGACCACUUGGUGUUCGUGGUGCAAGGCGUCGGGCCUGUGUGUGACCUGCGCUUCAGGAGCAUUGUGGAAUGUGUGGAUGAUUUUAGAGUGGUUUCUCUCAAAUUGCUGCAGACACAUUUCAAGAAAUCUUUAGAUGAUCAGAAAAUAAGCAGAGUGGAGUUCCUUCCAGUUCAUUGGCAUAGCUCCUUGGGUGGGGAUGCCACAGGUGUUGACAGGAAUAUUAAGAAAAUCACUUUACCAAGCGUCGGUCGGUUUCGUCACUUUACCAAUGAAACCUUGCUAGAUAUUCUGUUUUACAAUAGCCCCACCUACUGUCAGAAGAUUGUGGGAAAAGUGGGAAUGGAGCUAAACCAUCUGCAUGCCCUCUUCAUGAGCCGGAACCAGCUUAAAGGAGGAAUCUCUGUUGCUGGUCACAGUUUAGGUUCUUUAAUCUUGUUUGACAUCCUGUCUAAUCAAAAAGACUUGACUUGAUCGAAGUCUCCAGGGCCUUCUGCUGUUGCUAAUGGAGCCAUGAAGCAGCCCCGUUCUCAGGAGAAGCAGAUGCAGGAAGAGCCAAAGCUGACCUUGGAUGAGUCUUAUGACCUUGAUGUUGAAAAUGAAGAAGUCCUAACUCUGCAGGGAACACUGGCAGCACUUAGCCUCUCGGAAUACGUUAGCACGUUUGAAAAGGAAAAGAUCGACAUGGAAUCUUUGCUUAUGUGUACAGUUGAUGACCUGAAGGAAAUGGGGAUACCCCUGGGACCCAGAAAGAAGAUAACUAACUUCCUGAAACUCAAAGCUGUCAAACUGGAACAGAAAAAAGGAGCCUCAGAAAAGAAGACGCUGAUGGCAGCUUCAACCAGAGGACAAGAGGAAAGUGCUCAGAAAGCUAAAGAGAUGGCUUCUCUCCCCUCGGAACCCAGUGAGUCCAGGAGGAAGCUCCCGGCUGGUGCGUGUGUGUCCUCUGUGCCGGUGGACUGCGAGUCCUUUGCCAUCGGCACUGGACAGGUUUCUGUUGUUUACAGUUCAUUAGACUUCGAACCAGAGAUUUUCUUUGCCUUGGGAUCUCCAGUUGGCAUGUUUCUCACUGUUCGAGGAGUGGACCAGAUAGAUGAGAACUACAGGCUUUCUACCUGUAAAGGAUUCUUCAAUAUUUAUCAUCCACUUGAUCCAGUGGCAUAUAGACUUGAACCUAUGAUUGUUCCAGACUUGGACUUAAAAGCAGUUCUCAUCCCACAUCACAAAGGCAGAAAAAGGCUUCAUUUAGAAUUGAAAGAAAGUCUCUCUCGAAUGGGCUCUGACUUGAAGCAGGGUUUCAUCAGCUCUCUGAAAAGUGCUUGGCAAACACUGAAUGAGUUUGCCCGUGCUCAUACCUCCUCAACUCAGCUGCAGGAAGAGCUGGAGAAGGUAGCCAAUCAAAUCAAAGAAGAAGAAGAAAAGCAAGUAGUUGAAGCAGAAAAGAUUGUUGAAAGUCCAGAUUUUUCCAAGGAUGAGGACUACUUAUGAAAGAUUGGAAUGCUAAACAGAGGCUGCUGGAUUGACUAUGUGCUUCAAGAAAAGCCGAUAGAGAGUUUUAAUGAAUAUCUUUUCGCUCUUCAGAGUCAUUUGUGUUAUUGGGAAUCUGAGGAUACGGCCCUGUUAUUACUUAAAGAAAUUUAUAGAACAAUGAACAUUAGUCCCGAACAGCCCCAGCAUUGAUUGGACUUCAGUUUCACUGUGAUGGCUGUUGUGGUCCAGAUGUCAUAUCUACGUAGAAGAUGUAAAUAAGGAUGAAAAGGCAGUGGUGGUUCUAUCUGUCCCUCAGGAAAACAAAAUCCUGUCCAAAAUGUACCCCUGCCUGUUGACCAAGCCUGUGUCACAUGUCUCAUGUGCCCACCCCAGCCUGCACCUACGAUGGUUAAAGCGACACUUCCAGUCUUUGCAGAGGGAGGAGCAGGAGGGGAUUGAACAUGAGAUGAGACACCUGCAAGUCGGCCACACUCUGUGUUCUGACUGUCCUCCUGAGACACCUGACAUCGACCUUUUUUUCUUACUAGA